AUGAUCAGGAGGAACCCAGAGCUAAAAGUGUUGAAAGCCGUCAUGUUGUUCCCCACAAUCGAGCGCAUGGCUGUGACUCCUCAGGGCAGAGCAGUGACUCCUCUGAUCUGUCACCUCCGCUAUUUGGCCUAUGUCCCGGUUUUCCUUCUCUCUCUGCUACCAGAGCCUCUCAAACAAGGCCUAGUCAGACUGGCGCUGGGGGGGAUCCGUGGUCUGGACCCCACCAUCCUCCAACCCACUGUGGGGCUGCUGAGCGGAGACUGUGCAGCUAAUGCAAUAUACAAAGACCGCUACUUCACCGCAGAAACUAAAGAAAAGGUGAAGAAAAUGCUGCUGGAGAAAUUGAAGAACCAACUCCAGUGUGACUCACCUGAUGAGAGCGUGCCUGUGCCUGAAGGGGAAAGGACUGUGGCCAGGGGAAACAAUUCACUCCUGGACAUGUAUGACGAAAUAAUACAGGAAAACACAGAGGGAGCUGGACGACAAGAAAAAAUGCAUGUGGAAGUGCAGUUCCAGACAUACAUCUCAGAGGCCACACUCCCCAUGAAGACCCAGACUCUGACACCAUUGGACUUUUGGGCAAAGAACAAAAGCCGUUUUCCAGACUUGGCCCAGAUUGCGCGGAAAUACCUGUCUGCCCCUUGCACUAGCGUUGACAGCGAACGCUUAUUUUCUGCUGCUGCAAAUGUAAUGGAUGAAAAACGAAACAGGUUAGGAUGUGAGAAGGCAGAGAUGAUACCACUGAUCCGACCUGAAUUGGCAUAA